AUGGAAGCAGAUGAAAGGAAAGUACGGUUAAUUAUCUUUUACAGAGAUGCCCCAUGUGUGGUUGUUAAUGUUGAAUAUCGCCUGGGACCAGAACAUCGCUUUCCUGCCAGUAACGAUGAUGCCAAGUGUGUGGUACGCUGGGUAACCAUGAAUAAGUCUCUACUAGGUGCUGUCAACAACAGUACCGUGGGUGUAGGCGGAGACAGUGCGGGGGGACAGCUUGCGGCCACUGUAGCUCACCAGCUACACAGUGUUAUAGGUUACCAGGUAUUGGUGUACCCUAAUGUAGACUAUAGAAAACAGUAUCCAUCUCAGGAAGAAUUUGAAAACUUCCCAGGACUUUCUAAAGAGAUGACUCAGUGGUUCUCUAAAAACUACAUUGAUGAUUCUGAUAGGGAGACAGUUCUAGCAUCACCUAUUCUAAAUGAGAAGUUUAACUGUCUGCCACCUGCGCUGAUCAUCUUAGCAGAAUUUGAUGUUCUUAAAGAUGCAGGUUAUGCGUACCAUGAAAAGCUGAAGACAGCAGGAAUCAGGUCACAGACAUUUUGUGUGAGAGGAGUAACACAUGGCUUUUUCCAUCUCCCAGGUCACUUUAAGGAAUCCUGCCAGAGAGCGCAUGAAAAGGUCUGCAAGUUCAUCAAAGCCAGCUCGUGAUGAAAUGGCUGUACGUUGCCUCGGUUACCAAGGUUUAAUGCCAUGGGAUGAUAUUGUGUUAAUAAUUCUCUGCUUUCUUUAACAGUGUUUGUAUGUAAAUAUCAAUGGUGUAUCGCUAGUCAAUAUAAUAAGAUUUUAGAAAAUAUCAAUUUUAUACAAUUUAGUCCCAUGGAACAAUUCUGACUCAAUAUUUCUAACCCAGAAUCGUCUUUUAUCUCGAUCUGUAGCUAAAAUUCCUUGAAAUCUCAGCUCUGUUUUAUUUUAAAAUCUAAUUAAAAAAA